AUGGAUUAUGGGGACGACUCUGAACAUUUCGAAGAGAGGUCAUUAAAUAUUGCAGUUCCUGAUCAGCAUUUAGCUAAAGCAUUAGACGCUCCAAUAGUUAGACAAAUGUUUGGUACUUGGGAAGAAUUGAAUCAGUUCAUUUCUCUCUAUGCGAGAUCACAGAAUUUUGUCAGUGUUAUUUGUGGCUCAGAGUAUGAUGAUG